AUGUCUGUCCUUGUCCUUGGAGAAACAGACCAAACCUCCCUCGUCUCAGCCGAGGAGGUAAAAACCCUCGGUCACACGCACAACCUUACUAUUCCUCCAUCGGAACUCCAAGACUGGGCCAUCCUCCUGACAGGUCUGAACCACUGUGCCAAAGAAGUCCUUGCCCUCCCGAACUACUAUCCACCUGUUGAUACCUCUCUCUACCUUCGCACCGAUAUCCAUCAUCCUUCAGGAGACAAAGAGACUGACUACGGAGGAUGGGCAACAAAAGCCACUAUCAAGUGUACACAUCCUAAGAGUAACGAAUUAAAGGACAAUACCCUCGGCAUCAAAGAUGCCAUCGCAGUCGCAGGAAUCAAAUGCACGAAUGGAAUUGGUGGAAAGAUAGGAGAGUGGAUCCCCAAAGUCGAUGCUACGCUCGUCACUCGAAUCCUUGAUGCAGGCGGCAUCAUUCUUGGAAAGAGUGCAUGUGAGGCUGGCUGUCUCGUUGCAGUCUCCGAUACUUCCGUUACGGGCAAUGUGCAUAAUCCCUACGAUUAUGGAUAUUCAACCGGAGGAUCAUCUUCAGGUUCUGCAAGAUUGGUGGCUACGGGGCAGGUCGAUAUGGCUAUUGGUACUGAUCAGGGAGGAUCUUUACGAAAACCAUCUGCAAAUUGCGGGCUGGUGUGCAUCAAGCCUACCUGGGGUUUGGUACCUUAUACAGGGUGCCUCAGUCUUGAGGCUACGCUUGAUCAUGCUGGUCCGAUGGCGAGGACUGUUCAAGACUGUGCGACGGUGUUGGAGGUUAUUGCUGGGAAUGACGGUAUGGACGAUCGUCAGCCUUAUAGUUGGCCUCAAGGACAUGUGAAGUUCGGAGGGGAGCUUAAGAAAUUCCUUGACAGUCCUUCCGAGACUCCUCUCAAGGGUGUCAAAGUUGGCAUUCUUGUUGAGGGAUUUCCUUCGGAAAUGACGGAUUCGAACGUCGCUGCAGCUUCAAAAUUUGCGAUCUCAAAGUUGGCGGAACUGGGUGCCGAGGUGAUGGAAGCCAGUAUCCCAUUCUACAAGGACAGCGGUCUAAUAUGGAUGGUUGGAAUGGCUAUGCCCACGACCACUCAAAGCCUUCUCUCCAACCCCUCAGGCAGAAAGCAGCUUCUCUUCUCGGACCGCUGCGGACUCUCAGGCGCAACACUCACCCAAGAAACCUUCGAUGCUCUCGGAUUCGGAGCACAAAAUGUCUACCUCCGCGGCCUCUUCCUCCAAGAACGCUUCGGUAGUCCUCUCCACGCGCGCUGUACCAAUCUCCGCCGAAAGCUAAACGAUGAAUACGAUAAUGCUUUCAAAGACGUCGAUCUCCUCGUCAUGCCCACUUGUAUCUUUCCACCCGGCAAGAUCGAGCCCCAGGGAGGAGCGUCGCUAGGACCAUUGAAGAUGCUGAGUAGGACUAUCGGAAUUCCGUACAAUACAGCACCUUUUAGCUCGUCUGGCCAUCCGGCGCUUAAUCUCCCUGUUGGUUUUGUACCCGCGCAAGAUGACAAGAAUGUGUGGUUGCCGACUGGAUUGCAAAUUGUGGGUAGGAAGUUUGAGGAUUUGAUGGUUUUGAAGGCAGCGGGUAGUUGGGAGAAGGUUAGUAAUUGGAAGACGAUGAGAUAUGGUGGUGAUUGA